AUGGAGCUCACCGCUCACGCUCUCCUCCUCCCUCUGGUGCUUGCGGCGCUCCUCCACCCCACCACCGCCACUAUUGACGAUGCCACACUAGGCCUCAGCGGCGGAUUCAGCCUGCGCUUGGUUCCCAGCCCCAGCUGGAACAAUACCAUCCAUGUCGACGACGACGGCUUCCUUCACCUGAAGGAGCUAGUUGGGCACGACACUACCGCGCUUCGACCGCAUGUACGCUUUCUCCCAGGGAGGUACAACGUUGUCACCACUGUUGGGACGGGCCAUGGCCGCCGCACGUACACCCUCGCGAUGGAGAUGACAAGCAGCCUGACAUGGAUGCAGUGCUUGCUGAUCCAAUGCCCAUUUCAGCAGGAUCCGCCGCCCUUCCACCCGCGAAUGUCGCCGUCAUUCCGCCACCUCGCACCCACAAGCCGCCUUUGUUCACCCCCGGGGCACGACGUGUGCAAGUUCCAUGUCACCCCCAUCCGCCCUGGUGGCGCACAUGCAAGCGGCGUGCUCGGUGACGAGACCCUAUCCUUCACGGGAUCUGCACCGGUGGUCUUUCCCACCGUCAUCAUUGGCUGCGCGCACAGCAGCACAGGUUUCGUCAGCCACGGAGUGCUCGCCGGCGUCCUCGGCCUGGGCAAGACGUAUCCGUCGCUCGUCCCGGUGUUACUCCAACGGCACGGCUUACAUCGCUUCUCCUACUGCCUCUUCGUGCCCGGGUCCGCGAACCGGCACGGCUUCCUCCGGUUCGGCAAUGACAUCCCGGUGGACACGAGGCGCAUGAAGAGCACCAGGAUCCUCUACCCCGAGCAUAGCUCCUACUUUGUCAGCCUCGGUGGCAUCAGCGUAGCCGGGACGCAGCUGGGCGGCAACCUGGCGGAGGUGUUCAGGCGCCGACAGACCGCCGAUGGCAAGUGGCACAGCGGGACCGUGAUCGACGUCGGGACGUCUCGGAGUGUGAUAAUCCAGGCUGCAUACAAUGUCCUGGAGCAGACCCUGGCGGAGCACGGCAGGAGGCUCGGUUUGCCGGUGCACCACACCAGCUCCGGCCUCUGCUUCCGCGCGGCGCACUCCCACUUCUCGCAGUUGCCCACGGUGACACUGCAUUUUGAGCAGGACCUCGUGCUCACACCGAUUCAGUUGUUUGUAGUGCGCGAGCAAGACAUUUGCCUCGCCGUGUCACCGAGCCCGGACAUCACCAUCAUCGGGGCAUUGCAGCAACGGCGCACGCGCUUUGUGUACGACCUUGCCGCCAGCAGGGUCUACUUCACCCCGAGAACUGCAAUGACGACACCGGCGAGCAUGAUUGAUCUCCUGUUUUUUUAG